CUGGAAAAUAAAUAAAUAAAUGUGGAAAUGGAAAUCACGAGGGAGGGAAAUAAUCUUUUAACGUCUAACAGGCAGAGCCAGAAUCAGAAGGGACUUGGAAACGAAGUAGCCCAUAUGUUUCGCAAUUCAAUAGGUGUAACACAGACCUUCGAAGCAAAAUGGCUCACCAAAACUUUGUUCCAGGGAUAGCUAGUCAAGAUCUCAAGAAUGAUGUGGAGCUCACAAUUUCUGCUAAGAAUUUGCUGAAUAAGGAUGUCCUUUCUAAGUCUGAUCCCAUGUGUGUGGUUUAUGUUCAGCACUUAGAUCAUUCCUGGGUAGAACAUGGCAGGACUGAACAAAUCCACAACACAUUGAAUCCAGAGUACACAACCAAAAUAUUGAUUGGCUACCGCUUUGAAGAACUACAGAAGCUGAAGUUCAAGAUUUAUGAUAUUGAUAGUAAAAGCACAGUCCUGGAUAAGCAUGAUUUCUUGGGAGAAGCUGAGUGCUCCCUUGGUGAAAUUGUUUCUUCACGAAACUUUGUUACAACGCUUCAUCACCCGAAAAACAAAUACACGGGCCAAUUGUGUAUUAAAGCUGAAGAAAUUGGUUCACUGAAAGAAGACGUCGAAUUAUUGUUUAGCGCAGAGGGAUUCAAAAAGAGCGGCAUCCUCAGCAAACCUGACCCUUUCUUAGCCAUUUACAAAGAGAGUACUCUUGUUCAUCGCACUCCAUUCAUUAAAGAUAACUGCAACCCAGAGUGGCCAAGCUUCGUUCUCCCGAUGCGGUUCCUACGUACCAAAGACGAGAAAAGCGUUCCACUAAUGCUUCAGUGCUGGAAUUGGAACGGAGAUGGAAGCCACAAACUAAUCGGGGAAGUACAAGUCACUACACAAGAAAUUCUAAGUGCCCCCAAAACUUUCUCCCUGAGCGAUAAAAAAACAGGAAAAAGCGUUGGAAAACUGUCUUUGCAUGAGUCUAAGGUAAGGAAAACGCACACUUUCUUGGAUUAUGUCUCUGGUGGUACCCAAAUUAAUUGCACCAUAGCAAUUGAUUUCACUGCUUCGAAUGGAACUCCUAGUAUGCCCACCUCCUUGCAUUAUAUGGGUCCGACACCCAAUCUAUAUGAACAAGCGUUGUUGUCUGUCGUUACAAUCAUUCAAGAUUACGAUAGUGAUAAGCAUUUCCCAGUUUUGGGAUUCGGUGCCAAGGUUCCUCCGAACGGAAAUCUAUCUCAUGAAUUUUUUGUCAACUUGAGUGCAAACCCACACUGCUUUGGAGUCGGUGGAGUGAUAGAAGCCUAUCGACGAUGUCUGCCUUUGAUUCAGCUGUAUGGACCAACAAAUUUUUCUCCGGUGAUUAACCACGUCGCGCGCUUUGCUGCAGCCCACUCUAAUGGAGACAAUUAUUUCGUUCUUCUAAUUCUUACUGAUGGCGAGAUAAGCGAUUUUCCCGAAACAAAGCAGGUAAUUUAUUUUCCAAGGCAAUUCAUAUCAGCCUCGCAUUUGCCUAUGUCUAUCAUAAUCGUUGGAAUUGGUCCUGCCAAUUUUUCUUCAAUGAAAGAGCUUGACAGCGACAACGGCCGUUUGACGGCUGACGGGCGUUCUGCCGUUCGCGACAUAGUUCAGUUUGUAUCAUUUCGCGAUUUCUUGCAUCAAGCUGAUUCAAGCCGCGCCUCGAUAGAGUUAGCUAGUGCAUUACUUGCAGAAGUUCCAAACCAGCUAGUUGCUUUUAUGAAACUAAAAAAGUUGACACCGAAAAUGCCAUUCUAAUAAUAGAACGCUUCCAAUAUGCGAGUUACACUUUUAGCUUACUCGAGAUUCUUUUACUUCUUUCAUUUUUUCUUGAAAUCGUUCGCUUUUCGUUAAUUUUUUUCACUUUCGACUCUUAUCCAUUUCAAUUUAAUUGUAGGAAUAAAUAAAUAUAGCAAACUACAAUUUUAUGACGGUGCCGGUGUAUGUAUGAAAAGAUAUGCUUUAGUCUCAGUGCUUUUUUGUAUCUGUAAUUUUACAUAAUUGAACUCCCCUAUCUGUAUGUAUCAUGGCUAGCAACUAACAUUAAACGGAGAAUAGGAACACA